AUGACGGACGUCAGCCUAGAGGCUAUACAGUCAGCACUACAACUGAAGACGUUUCGAACACUACGAUAUACAGAGAACGUCGUUGACAACUCCACUUACCAAAACUGCAUCAAGGGCUACGGCGCGGGAAAGCUGGGCCAUAAAGAUUUCGCGCAGAAGCUUAUCGAGGUCGGCGUCAUUACAGAAAUCGUUUACAAGAAGAUCAUCACAGGCGUGUCAGCUCACCAGACCGCCCACGAAAGUCGACUACAUAACCUAGGGCCCAAAAUUGAUAAUUUAAAAACAUAG